UUCAAUCAAUUCCUUUUGUCACUCCUGGCCCUCCAUAAUCCUCCUCCGUGACGGCGGCGCGCGUGAACUCAGUGGCGCCAGGACGAAGCUCUUUUUUCCCAAAUGCUCCUGAACGCAGCUAGGACGUAUGCCAAUGGGCGUGGUUAAAGUGCUUCCCGGCAUCAACUUCCGGGAAAACAACGUGAGUCGGGUGUCCCCCACAUGUUUGUAAGAUGCGAGCUUUUCACGGCUCGGUUUGUGCGUUUGGCUUGAUUUAGACUCCCGGGACGUCGCGUCGCUGCUUUAGAGCGGAAGUGUGCUCUUCCUCCUCUUCCUCUUUUGAGGAGUUUGUGGUGGUUAGCCGCAGAGUUAGCGGCUCCUCCGCUGCCGGCUCUCAUUCUCGUCACUCCGUGUUUCAGGGACUUAUCUGACAGGUCCAACCGGUGACCGUUGGUCCGUCCGUGCUUUGGCGCUGUGGCUAACAUCAUUAGCAGGUGAAGGUGGGCUUGUUGUCGGUGUUCACGAUGGGACACACCAGCCUGGAGAAGAUCAUCUCCCUGCAGAGAAACCCAGCCAACAUCAGGAACCUGUGCAUCCUGGCUCACGUUGAUCACGGUAAAACUACUCUGGCGGACUGCUUAGUGGCGAGUAAUGGCAUCAUAUCCAGUCGACUGGCGGGGAAGCUGAGGUAUCUGGACAGCCGGGAGGAUGAACAGCUCCGAGGAAUCACCAUGAAGUCCAGCGCCAUCUCCCUGCACUACUCACACGGAGAUCAGGAGUACUUGCUGAAUCUGAUCGACUCUCCGGGUCACGUCGACUUCUCCUCAGAAGUUUCCACCGCCGUCCGGCUGUGCGACGGAGCUGUUGUAGUUGUCGAUGCGGUGGAGGGAGUGUGUCCGCAGACCCAGGUUGUGCUGCGGCAGGCGUGGCUGGAGAACAUCCGGCCGGUUCUGGUCAUUAAUAAGAUUGAUCGGCUCGUGGUGGAGCUGAAGCUAACGUCUCAGGAAGCUUACACUCACCUGAAGAAGAUCCUGGAACAGGUGAACGCCGUGACGGGAACUUUGUUCACAUCUAAAGUUCUGGAGGAGCGAGCGGGGAAGGAGGAGGAGGAGAAAGAGGGCGAGAAGUCGAGCGGAGACCAGGUUUACGACUGGAGCGCCGGGCUCGAAGAGGUCGACGACUCCCACCUCUACUUUUCUCCCGACCAGGGAAACGUGGUGUUUGCCAGCGCCAUCGACGGCUGGGGCUUCAGCAUCCGGCAUUUUGCUCACAUCUACAGCGAGAGGAUGGGCAUCAAGGAGGAGGUGCUACUGAAAACCCUGUGGGGAGAUUUCUACCUCAGCAUGAAAGCCAAGAGGAUCAUGAAAGGAGCUCAGGUGACACAGCUGGGAGGUUUGUGGCGUAAGAAUCGCGUCUGCAGUCAGAGCUUCCUGGGAUCAUUCCUGCAGUGUUCGAGUGAGGAAGACGCUCCUGUCAUCGUCUUCGUGUCCAAGAUGUUUGCCGUGGACGCCAAGGCCCUUCCUCAGCACAGACAGAGGCCUCUGACUCAGGAGGAGAUCGCCGAGCGCAGGGAGCAGGCGAGACGGCGACACGCUGACAGGAUGGCAGCGGAGAGCCACCGAGAGCCCUCCCACUCUGAGAGCGUGUCACCUGCAGGACUCUGCACAGCGAACAUGGAGAACCUGACGCUGAAAGACUCGAAGCCAGAGGAGGAAGAGGAGGCGAAGGAGACCUUCGUGGCGUUUGCUCGCGUCUACAGCGGGGUGGUCAGGAAAGGACAGAGAGUAUUCGUGCUGGGACCGAAGUACGACCCCGCCCAGAGCCUGAGCACGCUGCUGGAGGGAUGCAGCGCUUCGGACGACGUGUCUGAGAUUCCUCACCUGUCCCGUUGCUCCAUGGAAAACCUCUACCUGCUGAUGGGCAGAGAGCUAGAAGAGCUGCAGGAAGUCCCCGCCGGAAAUGUCCUCGGUAUCGGAGGGCUCGAGGAGUUCGUCUUGAAGUCGGCCACGCUGUCCACCUCACCCGCCUGUCCUCCCUUUACCCCGCUCAACUUUGAGGCCACGCCCAUUGUCAGGGUUGCCAUAGAGCCCAAACAUCCAAGCGAGAUGCCAAAGCUGGUGCGCGGGAUGCGCUUGUUGAACCAGGCCGACCCCUGUGCCGAGGUUCUGAUCCAGGAAACCGGAGAACACGUUCUGGUCACUGCUGGCGAGGUUCAUCUGCAGCGCUGCCUGGACGACCUGAGAGAGCGGUUUGCUAAAAUCGAGAUCAGCGCGUCUGAGCCCAUCAUCCCGUUCAGAGAGACGGUGGUUCGUCCUCCCAAAGUGGACAUGGUGAACGAGGAGCUGGGCAAGCAGCAGAAAGUCGCCAUCAUUCAUCAGGUCAAAGAAGAGGCCUCUCAGGGUCGAUCGUCCGACACCCUACACCUGGACUCCAGCGGCCUCGUUACCCUCACCACCCCCAACAGGCUGGCCACAGUUGGCGUCAGGGCGAUACCUCUGCCACAGGAGGCGACUCGUCUGCUGGAGAGCAGCUCGGAGGUGAUUCGGACUCUGGAGCAGGUAAACAUGUCGCUGAGGGAGGGGAAGAGUCUGGACAUCAGCGUCAGGAGCCUGGAGGCCAUUUCUGACCUGAAGGCCCAGCUGGAGAGCCUGCUGCAGGGGAGGAAGUGGAGGAACGCCGUGGAACGUAUCUGGGCCUUCGGGCCUCGCAGGUACGGUCCGAACAUCCUGCUGAACAGCGUGGAGGGAUACCAGCGGCCGUCGGUGUGGCAGUGUCUGAGCCGCGGAGACAAAGCCAGCGAAGCUACGGCGCUGCGAGAUUUUGACAACAGCGUCGUCAGCGGCUUCCAGCUGGCGGCUCUGUCGGGGCCCAUGUGCGAGGAGCCCCUGAUGGGAGUUUGCUUCUCUGUGGAGAGGUGGGACGUCCAGUCCGCUGCCCCGCCGCAACGCCAGGACUCCGUAGAAGAGGACUCCACGCGCCACGAGGCUACGCCGGAAAGUAACGUGGAAGGAAGCAGCGAGACGUCUGCACGGGUGGAGGGCGCAGCAGCGGGGCAGAGCCACGCCAGACGCAGGCCGGAGGUCGCCGCCUCCUCCGACUGCUACGGGCCAGUCUCCGGUCAGCUGAUCGCUGCUGUGAAGGAGGCCUGCCGGCACGCCUUCCAGGCUCAGCCGCAGAGACUCAUGGCCGCCAUGUACACCUGUGAGAUCAUGGCCACCGCGGACGUGCUGGGUCGUGUUUACGGGGUACUCGGGAAGCGAGAAGGCCGAGUCCUCCACGAAGAGAUGAAGGAAGGGACGGACAUGUUCACCAUCAAGGCCGUGCUGCCCGUGGCUGAGAGCUUUGGGUUUGCAGACGAGAUCCGCAAGAGGACGAGCGGAUUGGCCAGUCCGCAGCUGGUGUUCAGCCACUGGGAGGUGAUCAGCAGCGAUCCUUACUGGGUUCCCACCACCGAGGAAGAAUACCUGCACUUCGGCGAGAAGGCCGACUCUGAAAACCAGGCCUUGAAAUACAUGAACGCCGUCCGCCGCCGCAAAGGGCUGUACGUGGAGGAGAAGAUAGUGGAGCACGCCGAGAAACAGAGGACGCUCGGCAAGAACAAAUAGAGGAAACCCGGACGCCUCCUCGGGAGACGGAGGCGCCGCUGACAUCGAGCGCAGCACCGUCACCGACGACACGGCGACAUCGCUCAGAAACUGCAGGGUUUCCUGUCAUUUUUAGUUUUUGUGAUAACUUGGAGUGAAUAAUGUGUCCACACUGAGGAUGAAAUACAUCGAUGACAAAGUCUGUUAUAUUUUUAAAACAGAUUGUUUUGUUUUCAGGUAAAAGUUCAUCCGUGCACAGAUACUGACCAGUCACAUGGCAGCAUUCAGUAAUGAAUAAAUGAGUGUUUCA